CUGAAACAAAUGUUGAGUUUUCCAGAACUGCUUUCUGGGUUUUCCUGUUCUGUGUUUUCUUAGUUCCCUUUCUUUCUGGGGUUCUUUGAAGUGAUCGAUGGGGGAAGAGAGGGAGAGGAGUAGGGUUUGGGAGUAAUUUUGUCCAUGGGAGAGGAGAUGUGAGGACUGAGGAAUUUUUUCAUUCCAUUUGAUGAUGGUGGGUACCAUUUCUUCUACUGCUUCUACUGUUAAACCCAAAACGUCGUCACAGCAGGUAGAGAGUACUCUGAACCCAACAAGGUCUCCUCUGCUGCCUUCCGAGAGAGACAAUGGUGUUGUUGGUCCCCGGAGACCCAAAUGGAGAGAAAUUACUUCCAGGUACCUUUCCCCUUCGACUUCGACCUCAACUUCAACAACUUCUUCCUCUUCUUCCAGGCGAUGCCCAACUCCUCUUGUUUCGAGGCCGACCUCUUCGACUUCUGCAAACACUCCGUUACCGGCGACGGUUCAUUCGAUGAUCAAACGGUCGCAGUCGGUGGAGCGGAGAAGACCCGCGACUGCUCGACCAACUACGCGGCUGCCCGAAUCAAGAAUGGGCAAUGCCACUGAAGUAUCGGUGGCUUCCAAGAUUCUUUUCACUUCGACGCGGAGCUUAUCGGUUUCUUUUCAAGGGGAGUCCUUCUCGCUUCCUAUUAGCAAGACGAAGGCGGUACCCUCGCCGAAUUUGACCAAUGCAAGGAAGGGUACACCGGAGCGGAGGAAGACAGCCACGCCAUUGAGAAGCAAGGUCGAUGGUGGCAGAGGUGGAGAUCAAACGGAGAAUUCUAAGCCUGUCGAUCAGCAACGUUGGCCCGCAAGAACCCGGCAAGUGGAUCCUCUUACUAGAAGUAUGGAUUGUACCGCUGAGAAGAAGAAAUUGAUUGGAUCUGGGGCAGUGGGAAGGGCGCUACAGAAGUCGAUGAUUGAGGAGGGUCGAAGAGCGUCGUUCGAUGGAAGAUUGCAUCAGGGUUCAGGCAAUAUGGACUUGGUGAAGUCGGUUCAGCGUGCACUGGAUGCCGAUUAUUCUAAUGGCUUUGCGGUGCCUGCCGAUCUCACUGCGUCCGAUACAGAGAGUGUCUCCUCAGGUAGCACUUCGAGUGUACAGGAAUGCAGUGGUGUUUCUAGGGGGAGAAGCGGGGCUCGUGGCCUCAGUGUCCCCGCAAGGUUUUGGCAGGAGACCAGCAGCCGGUUGCGGCGUCUGCAAGACCCAGGUUCUCCAUUGUCCUCGAGCACUGGUUCAAGGACAGCAGCUGCUGCCACACACAAGCUCAUUUCAUCCAAGAAGUCAUUAACUGAGAGUCCAAUAUCGUCUCCACGAACAGUCUCAACUGGGAGUGGCAGGGCACUGUCAUCGCCUAUCCGAGGUUCCUCCCGACCUGCAUCCCCAAGUAAGUUUAUGACAUCUUCGACUUCUUCUCCCUCGAGGGGCAUGCCCAGUCCAUCUCGGACAAGGAAUGCGGUGGCCGCGGCAAGCUCCUUGAGUAAUUCAGGAAACAUGCCUUCCAUUCUCAGUUUUGCUGCUGACGUCCGGAGAGGGAAGCUGGGGGAAAACCGAAUUGUUGAUGCGCACCUGUUGAGGCUUCUCUAUAACCGGCACUUGCAGUGGCGUUUUGUAAAUGCGAGAGCAGAUGCUUCUUUGUUGUUGCAAAGAUUGACAGCAGAGAAAAAUCUAUAUAAUGCAUGGGUAACUACCUCAGAACUGCGUGAUUCUGUCACAGUUAAAAAGAUCAAGUUACAAUUGCUGAGGCAGAAUUUGAAGCUAACGUCCAUCCUUAAAGGACAGAUGACCUAUUUGGAAGAGUGGGCUCUUCUGGACAGGGACCAUUCUAGUUCUUUAUCAGGAGCUAUUGAAGCAUUGAAGGCCAGUACUCUCCGCCUUCCUGUUGUUUGUGGUGCAAAGGCAGAUAUUCAAAAUGUGAAGGAUGCUGUUGGUUCAGCAGUCGAUGUGAUGCAGGCAAUGGCAUCCUCUAUAUGCUCUUUGCUAUCAAAGGUGGAGGAAGUGAAUUCCUUGGCUGCUGAACUUGCGAAUGUUACUGCACAAGAGCAGGCUUUGCUUGAUCAAUGCAGAGAUCUCUUGUCCACAUUAGCAGCUCUGCAGGUGAAGGAUUGUAGUCUGAGAACACAUAUAUUACAACUAAAACGUGUGCCGAGUAACCUGACAACUCAAGUGUGAGACUGAUCUCAUUUGACUACUUACAGUAAUUGCUAACAUCAAAUCAAACCCUUUUCUUCCACAUCUGGAGGUAGUCUCGGGUAAAUAAGAAAGAGUGGUUGGUUGCGGGGGGUGAAGAAAACCGGGUGUUCACUUAACCUAUUUGGAACACAUGAGGUCGGCAGUAUCAUGGUUUUUUGUAUGCUUGCACAUCGGAGGAAGUGGCCUUUCCCUCACAAAUUCAUAUUUAGCUGUAUACAAAAUACUUUUGCUCGCCAUAGGUCGAAGGAAGAUGUAUAUAUGUAUGAUGGUUCCAAUUUAUUUUUCCUAAUCUAGUAGUUCCUGAUCU